AUGCUUUCUCGCGAUGUUUUCUUUGACCUUGUCAAUCACGUCUUUCUUCCACCUAAACUACCCCAAAAAAAUGACACUGCUUGUGGCGUCGGUGAUGCGUUAUUGGAUACGGUUGUCGAGGCGUUGGAGAUAUACCUGGGUUUUUUCAAAGACAGUCAACUGGUGACUGUCGAAAUGAUGAUAGACAUGCUCUCGAACCUGAAGAAAGUCCACUCUUUGUCUACAGAUGCAGUUAUGGAAGAUCAGCUGCGGGACGCUCUGCAGAACGUUGUCGACCAUGGAGGAUUCCUUCCAUUGCACAUUCAUGCCCAGAAUGCAGGCGUCAUUAUACGCAAGGUUGACAAAAACAUCCACUUCGAAACCUUCGAAUUGGCCCCUCUCAACAAAGCCGUGAUGACCACGAAGGGAAGACUCAUCCGCCAUUUCCCUGCGUCUGCUACAUCAGUUGAACUCUGUCAAGCAGCCGAGGUGGACUUCCAGACGGUCAUUGCACAUACCCUAAGCCUCAUGAGCCAUCAAAGUGUCCCAGGUCUACAACCUCAAGUCAAAAAGGCUGGACAAAUGCACGACGAGGACCGAGACACGACGGACCCGGACAUGGUGACCGGAUUCUUCAACGGCUUCGUCACAGCCCUUGGCACUUAUGUCGACGUCGAAGUCAUCGCCAAGAACACCCGGGAGGAAGUGCUCUGGUCAGAUGCACGAUUUCCUUGGCGACGGUCUCCAUUUUGGCUUUUUCUCCGGGUGUCACUUCAACUGGGCUUCUCGCAAUCGGCGAAGGCGAACGACGGACCUAAACUGUACAAACAAUUCAUUCUAUUCUUCGUAUCGCAUGUUCUGCAGAAGUCGGCAAAACAUCCCAUUGAGACUGACCUUUUGUACGUCAUGACUGCAAAGUUAACACGCCGCCUGUUGAAGACGGGGACCGACAUCAAUCCCCUCGUCCUGGAGUCUGUCCGAAAAGCCACAUGCCAAGCGCAUAAGAGGAUGACUAGUCGCUGGCUGGAAGUUCAGCAUUCCGGGGCUCGCACGGUAGACAUGAUGCAGCUCUCGGCCUUGAAUUUCAACCGAGACACACGACUGGACCUUGACGGUCUUGACAAGUUCAUCGAGUCACUCCAGUCUCGACAGCCGCAGUCUCGCAACAGCGACUUUCGUCCAGUUCAGAAGUUGAUCACAUACCAUGCUCAUGUCCUGCCAGAUCUCGCCAGCCACACCGUUGAGGGGAGUGUGGUUGUCCAGAACCUACACGGUUUCGAAACUUGGGUUGGAACCUAUCUCUCUACUUGGGCCGAGGAGCACGGCAACGAUUUAGCUGCCUGCGGUCAGCUUGCUCAGUUGAUGAGACGAUAUCACCAUCUUGCGACACCACAUUAUUCUGGAAAUGCCGAGGCCACCUCCGUCAUGAUCCUCGUCAUGCUAGAAUUAUGGACGGCAUGCGACAAGAUGGCGAUUGCGACUUGCCCUUUGCUGGAUGACUAUGAGCCGGGAAUAUCCAAGAACUUGCUGCAGAGUCUUCUCUUACCUUUGCGAAGGCAAAUGGAGAGGCUCAUGGCGGUCGAAGACUACAUCGUUGACCGCACCGGAUAUUUCGAUGAAUCUGCUGACCACCAGGCGCUGCGUCAACGUGUGAUUGACCGUGCUGCAGCGGCACGGAUCUCGAAGCUUAAUGAACUGCGUCGAGUGAAGGACGAGUACGCAGGCCUUAUGCGGCUCUACCACCAGACCAGCUGCGACGUCUACGAACGUAUCACCAAUUACAGCUCAGGACUGACCGAGGAGUAUCACCCUACUACAUGUGCUCGCUGUCAGUACAAGACCCAAGCCGAUAGACUCAGCAUUGAAGUCUUUGAAUGGCCGCUGCCAGCGAACGAUGCCAAAGUCAAAACGGUGAUCUUCGAGCUGUGUGUACCGGCAUGGUUCGCGCACUGGCGCGACAGUACCAUGGAAUUGCGGCUCAAUGUACUAGGGGCCGAAUACACCGAUACGCAGCAGCCACGAUCAUCGCAUCGUCUGAGUGAGGAUCCACACCUCGCACACGCCUUCUUCUCACCUCCCCACGAUGCCUACCCCCAGCGCGUGGGGCUUCUGUCCCAGAACAAACCUCACAUAGGCACUCAUCGCAGAGGCAGGGUUGUGUCCACGGCUACCGAGCGCGAUGUCUGCCUCCAGAGCGGGCUGACCUACCAAUAUUAUGACAGCAGCAGGAGUAUGUUUCUUGCUCCCGUUGUCUACACCGAGAAGCUACCUCGAUCCUGCACAUAUGUGCUACCGGGUAGAUCUAAAGCGCUGCAAAAGUACAUCUUCCGACCUGCACGGCUGCCGAACGGCCCGCCCCCAAAUGCGGUCAUUGCAAACCAGUCAGAGUGUCCUGAUCACAUGUCCCUGCACGAGUUUAAGGAACUGGCCUCUAUCCCUCUGGCUUAUCGUCUCCAAUGGAUGGAUAUUGCAGUACAGCUAGGUCACCCUUCCAUCGAUUUCAAGAAACCAGAGACUGCACUUGUGUUGUUACAAUGCAUUUACCAAACUGGACCCCGGCACGGGCAAGAAGGUACACUACGAGAAAGCCACCAACUGUUGAGCACGAACGAAUUCCCGGCCGUCCUGAUCGAAAAUCUCGAUGCUGCACUCAAACGAGUCGAGCAGAACUGGGAAUCUUCGCAAGCUCUGGCUGUCUUCAUCGCCGUCGCGCGGCGUCUCCUCUCGCUGAGCUCGUCCAACGAAAUCAAAGAUGCUUGUCUGCGGUACCUGGAAAGGGCAUCUGCAGUCUCGCUUGGAUGGGCACAUCUUUUGAAAAACAAAGCACAUGAGGCAGAUGCUACCGAUCGCGAACAACUACUGGCUAGGAGCGUGGAAGCCGCCCUCACGUGCGCAAGUAGUUUCGACGUUGAACGAGUGCACUUACCAACGAUCUUGGCCGUUCCCACGGCUGCCUCAGCUUUUGUACAGUGCUGCAUCAUUGUUUUUGAUGGCAGGCAUUCUCUCGAAGCCACAAACAGCACCCAAACACAGCUUUUACAUUCGCGGCACCAGCGACUCCUCUACGAUGCCCGUCACAUCAUAGCCGCGGAUCAUGAGGGGCUUCACGAUGCCAUUGCAAAGUCGUGGUCUGCCUAUCGACCAGCACAACACUGGCACAUUUCUGAGAGCUCCGAUCACUGGACUGCCACAUGUACCACGACCACCGCACGGGAUGAUGGUUUGAUGGUCCACUACAAUCUGAUCAGCGGCGAGCUGCUUGUCAACGGCGAGCCGCUGGACCGCCUCCCCUCUGAAUAUGAGGAGCACUCAAGCUACCAAGUCCUUUUCGGAAAGUCAGCUGUGGAGGUGAUGCCAUCAAAUGUCGCAGGAAUGCGUUUCUCGAGCAAGAGAGAGCACCGCGGCUGUGAGGUCCAUUUCGGCCUGACAACUUCACAAGGUCCAGUCUCAAAGGAGCUCAUGAUGCAGAUCUUCGAUCGAAAAUCAAGAGCCAAGUUCGAGUUCAUACCCGCUCGACUGUUUCGUGAGCAUUUCCCGGAUUCUUUUGUGGAUGAUUUCAUCCACUGGUACGACUAUGCCACUGGGAAUGUGGAAUUCCGUCCCGUCGCGGCGGCCUGGAAUGCUCAAGCCACUGAAAAGUGGGUACUUUCCAGGUACAAUGGAAUCCUUGACAAUGGCAAAAAACGCGAUGACUCCAAGUGGGCGCUAAUGCUCCCAAGAAAUGGGAGUCUUUUGGUGAGCAUGAAGAGCGAGACAGCAACUCUGCUGGCCAGUAUUCUUGCUCCACUUGCACAGCCGCGAUCAAUCCAUUGUGUUGCUGGGUCUUCCUCAACCUUCCUGGACGUCAACUUACCGACUCUGCGACUAUCGUUUCAUCUCAUACAAAAUGAGACGACUCUACGAUGUCGUGAAUUCCGAGGCAUGAUCGUCGACCCUGACCAGACGCUUGGGACGUUAGUGGGCUUUCGCAACAAGCUCAUGCUAAGAGAAGAGCACGACGAUGUUCGGAAAAUCAUAGUCAUCGAGGGCAGGACGUGCGUCAAGACUUCCCAUCGGAUACCAUGCAACGGGGAUGACACUGGUCUAUACUACUCGAAGACCUCUGUGAGCCGUCAGACCGUCACGCGUUGGCAUUCCUUCGAUGUUGACACCUGUCUCGAACGACUCGUGGACAAUGGCAGUACACAGAGCAAAUUGUUCCUGGCCUAUCUUCACGCACUCACGUCCUAUUGCCUACCUGACCCUUUAACGAAGAGGACUGGGACAGAGCAAGCAAUCAGCAUAUUGAGCUCUGCUGCCGUCCGAUCCUUCGAUCAGCUGUCAGACGAGAACAUAGACCUUCUGUCGCGCAUAGCCGAGCUGACGCCAAAAAGAGCGUACUACCCAAGAAAUGAGCGUGUCAUGCAGACAUUCAGUUGGCGCACAGAGCUUGGGUUCAUGGCUCAGCACCCUCGUUUCUACCAGAUUGCGACUUCACUACUUCACGACGCGAAGCGAUACCAGGUAUUGUACCCCAAUUCCGAGGUCGACUUGCCCACGAUACGAGACGUUGAACCACUCCUCCUGCAGAGAGAGUGUAUCAGAUCGUCGGUCUGGCGCAUAUUUGGAUAUGGAGCAGAAGAUUACACCCGCGAGCACGACGUCACCUACCAAUCCAGGGAUCGAAACGCGCGAACCAAUCGACAACGCAGCGCCUACGAGUUCUGCAGUCUGGUCCACAAUGGUCGCAGCACCUUGCACUCUAGACCUCCGUCGGCCACAUGUCUCUGGGACUUUCUGUGUCGUGCAACAGAGGUCUCUGGACCUCAACGUCCAGUAGAUUUGUCGCAGGUCAAAUAUGACGGCAUGCUCCUCCAAGACCGGGGUUCCUUCCUUUCUGGCAAUUGGCCUGCUUUACACCGGGUACUGAGUGGACAGCAACGCCCGAGCGUCAACAAAUAUGGUCUGAUGAUUUGGUUGUCUGCCAUGGCUUGCUCUGGCCUUAUAGAGAAGGCGAUACUUGAGACUGUGGUGCUCCUAUACAACUGCGACGAGCUGAAAGUGGUCACUCCACCAUCACUUCCAUCAUUCCAAGUAGCUGAAGGACGUUCGGUGUCCAAAGCCAGACUGGAAAAGGAGAUCCACUUACAUCUACAGGCAUUCCACAACUCACCCGACGCCAAACUGGCGCAAGUCCAGGGCGAGUCCAGGAAGCAAUAUGGCAAGCGCCAACAGGAAUUGUUUAAAAGUCACCGGCAUUUAGCAGUGGACAGAUUGGUAUCUUUCCUCCGGGAUCAAUGGCCCACGCCUCACCCGAGCAGGCCCUCUGCGGGCAGUGCUCAUGACGAGUCGUCGUAUGUGGACAUGGAAGGUACUAUGGCCGCCGUGAAGAUAAUCUUCAAGACCCGCUUCGACAAUCGACAGCUCUUUUCCUACCUUCAAACCGUUGUGGAGACGAUCUCCGGCUUCGAGACCAGCCAAAGACCGGCACCUCGUCUGCUUAAGUGCUGCGAGCCAAUUCAACCAAUGUCAAUGAAUAUCAACGAGACGACCCAGCCCCAACAGCUCGAAACGUUCGUUGCCGAGCUUAGUGAGGGAGUGAACUCUUCCCAGUACGAGAGAAAGUAUGUCGAAAGACUGAAGGCCAGUCUUGAUUCCUUGCGGCGACUGAGCCGUCGAGAAUCGGGACAGGUCCCCUCUCUCAGCUACCUAGACGCUCACCUGACGUGCUGUCGAUUGCAAAUGCAACAGAUGUUUGACGCCAUGACGGCGGCGGUCAAUCCGGUGUCCGCCUACCCUUGGAUCGAAUCGACUGUAGAGUCUCGGCAGUGGCCAAGGAUUUGUCCGAUGCUGUUCCUCGAGCAGCUAGGACGAGAUGGCUGGGCCAGGCUGACGGACGAAUGGAAAGAGUGUGUCACAUCGUACGGGCUUGCCCUGGGCCUCGUUCAAAAAGCGAAGCGCAUGGUUAUUGCAUCUCGGGCUGGCAGGAGCAGUGACGUUGUGGCCGAAAUCCAAAACACCGGGCAUCGUAACUGGGAUCCUCUUCAGUAUCCAGAGUCUUUACUACUUGAAGUCGAGAGCAACAUCAUGAUUCGAGACGUUCAAGAGGAGAUCGCAAGGGAGAUGCGGAGUCCUGAAUCUCGUCAAAACACGUCGAUGCAACUCAACAUGGGCGAAGGCAAAUCGUCCGUCAUCGUGCCGAUGGUGGCGGCGGCUCUCGCAAAUGGAGCUCAACUUGUCCGCGUCGUCGUUGGAAAGCCGCAAGCGAAGCAAACGGCACAGAUGCUGAUAUCCAAGCUUGGCGGCAUGCUAAAUCGCCAAAUUUACCAUCUUCCCAACUCCCGUAGCCUCAAGCUCGAUAAGGCCGGAGCAGAGGAGGUCGACAGGAUUUCCAGAGAGUGCAUGGCCGGUGGCGGCAUCCUCCUCAUGCAGCCAGAGCACAUACUCUCCUUUCAAUUGAUGGGUCUCGAGCGAUAUUCCCUCGGCGACGACUCCGUGGGCCGGUCGCUGGUGCAAACGCAGCGUUUCUUCGAUGAACGAUCUCGAGAUAUUGUCGACGAGAGCGACGAAAACUUCAGCGUCAAAUUUGAACUCAUCUACACCAUGGGCCUGCAGCGAUCUAUCGACAUGAGUCCAGAUCGCUGGUCAUGCAUCCAUCAGAUCUUGGAUGUAGUGAAUGCCGCCGCGAUCUCGGUCAUCGAUAGCGUCCCUUCUUCUUUGGAGAUCCAGCAGACCUUCGCAGGUCGAUUUCCGAGGAUCAGAUUACACGCAGUGGGUCCCCUGGUAGAUAUCGUCGGCCAGAAAAUCUGCGAUACCGGACUUCCAGGAUUUCCGAUUGCUACACAACCGCAAUCUGUUCAGGAUGCAGUUCUCGCGUACAUGACAAAGCCUGAUGUGACCAACGAAGAGAUUGGUCUCGUCGAGAAUGCUGGCCCUGGUGGAUUUUUUACGGAAAGUAUCCGGCCCACGCUCUUCUUGCUACGAGGCCUCCUUGCUGGAGGUGUUCUGGGGUUCGUAUUUGGCCGAAAGCGAUGGCGUGUGAAUUAUGGGCUCGACACCUCCCGCACUCCACCCACCAGACUGGCGGUACCUUAUCGCGCAAAGGACAUGCCCACUUCUCGUUCCGAAUUCAGCCACCCUGACGUAGUCAUCCUUCUGACCUCACUGUGCUACUAUUACGGAGGUCUAACGGACGAUCACCUGUUUGCGUCUUUCGCCCAUCUCCUGGACACUGAUCAGAGAGAUGUCGAAUUCCAGACCUGGAUCCAAGGUGUACCUGAGCUGCCUCCUACGUUCCGCCAACUCGAAGGCAUCAACCUAAAAGACCGAGCGCAGUGCAAAUCCCUCGUGUUUCCGGCCCUCCGCUUCAACAAGCGCGUCGUCGACUACUUCCUCUCUCACAUUGUUUUCCCGAAAGAAAUGAAAGAGUUUCCUUACAAAUUCUUCACGCCUCCACCUCGCGUGAUCCUCGACGUUGGCGCACAGAUUCUGGAGAUGAACAACCAGGAAGUCGCGCGUACCUGGCUGAGCAUGCACGCCACAGAGAAUACUCGUGGAGUCGUGUUUUUCAACGACAACGAUGAGAUCGUGGUUAUGAAUCGGGAAGGGUUUGUAGAGCCUCUGCAGACAUCGGCCUUUGCGAAUCAACUCGAAACCUGUCUGGUUUUCCUUGACGAAGCUCACACGCGCGGAACAGACUUGCGGCUGCCUCAAGACUAUCGCGCGGCCGUAACACUUGGAGCGAACUUGACGAAAGACCGUCUUGUACAGGGUGAGUGCAUCGGCGAAAAUAAAUCAGGCCAGAACUAA